CUCAGAAGACAUUAAAAGAGGAUAUUAGCGGAUUUGGAAAAUGGUUAUUUGUGGAUAAGACAAUUUUGGUUGGACCAAAGUAUUUAUGCCCAAUCAGCACGCUCUUCCAUUGAUCAUGUAAAAAUCUGUUCGAUAAUUCUUCCCGCCAAAGUCCGUCGUGAUUCAUCUAAGUCCCAAAUUACAGCGAACAGUUUCGAUUUAUGGAGCUCAACAUCCAUAUUAUUUAUUCUAUGUGUUUCUGAAUAAGAAAUCAAAUGUUCUAACGACCAUGGCCUUAGCUUUUGGUUGCACUGUAAAUUCUCAAGACCCUUCUGUCUUUCACAAAAUCCAGACCAGUAACUCAACCAAACAAUUCAAUUUCAAUACUUUAAUUACCAAAACUAGUUCCCUACAGCACACCCAACAGUCCCUUUACGCCAAAGUCAUAUCUUUAUGUUCUUCUUCAAUACCCUCUAAGGAUAUGAGCUAUAUCCACUCUCUUUUCACUCAAAUACAUGACCCAGAUAUCGAUGUUUAUAAUUCUUUAAUGAAAUGUGUUUUAAGUUCUAAAUGUAAGGAAAAUGCUUUACUUGCUUUGUUAAUGUAUGUUGAAAUGAUGUGUAAAGGGUUAGAUUUGGAUAAAUACACGUACCCUCUUGUUAUAAAGGCGUGUGUAGAGUUACGUGAGCUGAGAUAUGGCAGAUUGGUUCAUGCCCAUGUGAUAAAAAAUGGGUUUGUGUUGGAUUUGUAUGUAGUGAACAAUUUGAUGCGUUUGUAUGGUGUUUGUGGGUGUGUUGGGAGUGUAAGGAAGGUGUUUGAUAGAAGUUCUGUGAGAAACUUGGUAUCUUGGACUAUUUUGAUUCAGGGGUAUGUGGACAAUGGUUAUUGGAAGGAAGGAGUGGAUUUGUUUUUUGAGAUGGUAGACGACGGGUUAAGGGCUGACGAGAGGAUGAUGGUUGUUGUGAUAUCUGCUUGUGCAAAAUUAGGGGAUUUGAGAUUGGGACAGAAGUUGCACAAGUAUGUGCAGAGUCGUAAGUUGAGUUUCGAUGUGUUUCUUGGGAAUGCAUUGGUCGAUAUGUACUUAAAAUGUGGUGAACGCGAUGUUGCUCUUAAUGUUUUCAGAGAGAUGCCGAUGAGAAAUGUGAUCUCUUGGAAUACAGUAAUAUCUGGAUUGGCUCAAAGAAAGGAGUUUAAACAGGCCUUGAGUGUGUUUAAUGAAAUGCAGGAUCAAGGAGUAAAGCCUGAUGAGAAUACUUUAGUUGGUGUUCUAAACUGUUGUAGCAAUUUAGGGGCGCUAGAAGUUGGGAAAUGGGUGCACACAUAUAUAGAUAGAAAUCGGAUACAAGUAGCUGGGUUUGUGGGCAAUGCUCUUGUAGAUAUGUAUGCAAAGUGUGGAAGCAUGGACGAUGCCCUUAGAGUUUUUGGAAGUAUGACUAAAGAUGUUUAUUCAUACACAUCCGUUAUAGUUGGUUCGGCCACACAUGGAAAGGCACGGAUGGCACUUAAGUUUUUCUAUGAGAUGCUUGAUAUUGGUAUACAACCAAAUGAGGUCACAUUUGUAGGUGUUCUCACAGCUUGCAGUCAUGGAGGACUGGUGGAAGAGGGUCACAAGUUCUUUACAGAUAUGUGGAGAGUGCACAAGUUAAAACCUCGAAUAGAGCAUUAUGGCUGUAUGGUUGAUCUGUUGGGUCGUGCAGGUUUGAUAGAUGAAGCAAUGGAGUUUGUGAAACACAUGUCAAUUGAACCUGAUGCUUCUAUUUGGGGAUCGAUAUUAGCAGCUUGUAGGAUCCAAGGAAAAGUUGAUCUCGCUGAGCAUGUGACUGAGAUACUUGUCAAUAUGGAGUCUGAAAAAGAUGGUACAUACAUACUGAUGUCAAACACAUAUGCUUCAGUCAGUAAAUGGAAAGAUACUUUAGAAGUAAGAAAAUCAAUGAAGAGACAGAAAAUAAAGAAAGUCCCUGGAUGUAGCUCCAUUGAACUUGAUGGUGUUGUUUCCGAAUUUAGGAGAUGCGACAAAGCCCAUCCACGAAGUAAAGACAUAUAUGUGAUGGUUGAGCAAUUGACAUUUCAUCUAAUUGGUACAGAGGACGGAAGUGAGUCUUGCAUAGUUUGA